AUGAGUAACGUCUCCACGCUCCUGGGGACAGCCGGGGUCCCCCUGGCAUCUGAGUCCUGGCCACAGCCCAGCACCCCGCCCGCCAUGCCCGUGAUUCCGGCCGGGCCACAGAUGGACCGAGUGGAGAAUGGCUCUCAGGGAGCCACCCGGCUCUUCCUCACCAGCGCCCUGGCCCGGGGCAUCUCAGGCCUCUUCGUGUGGACGGCCCUGGCACUGACCUGUCACCAGAUCUACCUGCACCUGCGCUCCUACACCGUGCCGCUGGAGCAGCGCUACAUCCUCCGCCUGCUGCUCAUCGUGCCCAUCUACGCCCUGGACUCCUGGCUCAGCCUCCUCCUCCUGGGAGGCCACCAGUACUACGUCUACUUCGACUCGCUGCGCGACUGCUACGAAGCCUUUGUCAUCUACAGCUUUCUGAGCCUCUGCUUCCAGUACCUGGGGGGCGAGAGUGCCAUCAUGGCUGAGAUCCGGGGCAAGCCCAUCAAGUCCAGCUGCUUCUACGGAACCUGCUGCCUCCAGGGCAUGUCCUACUCCAUCGGCUUCCUGCGCUUCUGCAAGCAGGCCACGCUGCAGUUCUGCAUUGUGAAGCCGGUCAUGGCCGUGACCACCAUCAUCUUGCAGGCGUUCGACAAGUACAACGACGGGGACUUCAACAUCCACAGCGGCUACCUGUACGUGACCCUGGUGUACAACGCCUCGGUCAGCCUGGCCCUCUACGCCCUCUUCCUCUUCUACUUCGCCACCAGAGAGCUCCUGCGGCCCUUCGAGCCAGUCCUCAAGUUCCUCACCAUCAAGGCGCUCAUCUUCCUCUCUUUCUGGCAGGGGAUGUUGCUGGCCAUUCUGGAGAGGUGUGGGGUCAUCCCUGAGGUCCAGGCCAUCGAUGGCACCAGGGUGGGGGCCGGCACCCUGGCCGCCGGCUACCAGAACUUCCUCAUCUGUAUUGAGAUGCUCUUCGCCUCUGUCGCCCUGCGCUACGCCUUCACCUGCCAGGUGUAUGCAGAGAAGAAGGAGAGCGCUCCAGGUCCCCCGGCACCCAUGCAGAGCAUAUCCAGUGGCCUGAAGGAGACUGUCAGCCCGCAGGACAUCGUGCAGGACGCCAUCCACAACUUCUCCCCCGCCUACCAGCAGUACACGCAGCAGGCCACACAUGAGGCCCCGGGGCCCAGGCAGGGGGACCACCCCUCGCCUGGCACCCACCCUGGCACAGCUGGCAGCGGUAGUGGGGGGAGGAGGAGCCGGAACGUGGAGAAGCGGAUGUUGAUCCCUUCGGAGGACCUGUAG